AUGAAAACGUUUUUAUUAGGUUUAGUCAGCUUGCUGGCUAUUUAUUCAGCAAAUUGUGAAGUGUACUUCGAAGAGAAGUUCUUAGAUGAUUCCUGGGAAUCGAACUGGGUGUACAGUGAGCAUCCCGGCAAGGAAUUUGGCAAGUUCAAGUUGACCGCUGGAAAGUUCUACAACGAUCCAGAAGAAGAUAAAGGUUUGCAGACAUCUGAAGAUGCCAGGUUCUACGCCUUAUCAACCAAAUUCAAGCCAUUCUCCAACGAAGGCAAACCCCUCAUUAUCCAGUUCUCUGUUAAGCAUGAGCAAGACAUUGACUGUGGUGGUGGCUACUUGAAGGUGUUCGACUGCAAAUUGGACUCUAAGGACAUGCACGGAGAGACCCCAUAUGAAAUUAUGUUCGGUCCGGACAUCUGUGGUCCUGGUACCAAGAAGGUGCACGUAAUCUUCAGCUACAAGGGCAAGAACCAUCUAAUCAAGAAGGACAUUCGUUGCAAGGACGAUGUUUACACCCACUUGUACACCCUGGUUGUAAAACCCGACAAUACAUACGAGGUGCUCAUUGACAAUGAGAAGGUUGAGUCUGGCAGCUUAGAGGAUGACUGGGACUUCCUUCCACCAAAGAAGAUCAAGGACCCAUCAGCCAAGAAACCCGAAGACUGGGACGACAGAGCCACCAUCCCAGACCCAGAAGACAAGAAACCCGAGGACUGGGACAAGCCCGAACACAUCCCCGACCCUGAUGCCACCAAGCCCGAAGACUGGGAUGAUGAGAUGGACGGUGAAUGGGAACCACCAAUGAUCGACAACCCUGAAUACAAGGGUGUUUGGGCACCUAAACAGAUCGACAAUCCAGCAUACAAGGGCCCAUGGGUACACCCAGAGAUCGAUAACCCCGAAUACACAGCUGACCCAAUCCUCUACAAGCGUGACGAGCUUUGCUCAGUGGGUCUCGACUUAUGGCAGGUCAAGUCUGGCACUAUCUUCGACAACUUCCUAUUCACGGAUGACCUAGAAGUGGCCAAGGAGAGAGGAGAAGAGAUCAAGAAGAAGAUUGAGGGAGAGAAGAAGAUGAAGAACGAGCAAGACGAAGCUGAGAGGGAAAAGGAGAAGGCUGAAAAGCCAGAGGAGGAGGAUGACGAGGAUCUGGAUGAUGAGGCUGGAGAAGGCGCGCCCGUGGAGGAGCACGACGAGCUGUAA